AUGACUCAUUUGAAUCAUCCCUUCAUACCCAUUGGUCUCUCUUGUUCCAACACUCACUGGAUCGUCGAGACAGAACAGAGAACUCUUGAAGGAGGUGGACAAAAUACAUCUGGUGAGUUAGGUCUUGGUCAUGAGCAACCUCUUCCUUGUUUGACUCGGACCACUCAAAUUCCACUACCUUUUGAAUGGAACGAGCAAGAUAGAGUGAAGGUUUUUGUUGGACCUGAAUGCACCAUUCUUGUGCAUGAUCCAUGCGAAUCAGUGGUGGUGAGAAAUUCACAAACUUUCAAUCUUUCGAUGAUGAAUAAUCAUGCCACCACCAUCACCAUCACUCUGGAAGAUUGGAUCAUUUCAAGAAUGAUUCCAAUUUCACAUGAGAUCAUUUCUGAGUCUUCUUCUCUCCAUUGUGACAAUCCCCAUGAAUGGAGAAUUUUCCAUCCACUUGUUGAAAAGUGUUCUCCCGAUAUGAGUAGUGUAUUGAAACGAGAAGAAUUUCUUUCCUUAUUGAAUCCUCAAGAAAAGGACUGGAUUCAACUUUUUGUGAGCAUGUUCAUCAGGAUGAACAGUGACAUCCUAUUAAUGAAUGAUGAUCAUGGUUUUCAUAAGGAUGAUCACGAGAAUGAAGAGGACGAUAAGGGGAGUGAUGUUGUUCAUCUUUAUCAUUCUUUCUUUACGAACUAUUUCCAAGCCUCUCUCAGAAAGGUUCAAUUCUAUGUCUUUCUCCUCUUCUUCCUUAAUGAUGUGAAUGAUAUUGGAGUGUGGUUUAAAAAACAUUGUUUUGAGACUCUCUCGGAAAUGUUGGAAACAUCCAAUGUGUUCGAUAUUGUUCAACAAAUAUCCAAUUACUUGUCGGCUAAUGUGUUGACCAACUCCUCAAAAAGGAGUGUUCUCAUGCUUGCAGUUAGGAAGUGUUUGGCCUUCAUGAAAGGCCAAUGGAACAAUAUGAAACAUUCGAUACAUGAUGACGAGAGACGGAUGAAACUUGAAAAGAGAAUUCAGACCUCCAAGAAGGGCUUUUGUGAGAUUGUUUUGGAUUGGAGAGAGAAUGACUUUAUGAAGAAGAACCAAUAUGAUUCUUCAAAAUUAUUGGCUUCUCUGUUUAAUGAUAUCACUAGUAGUGACCUUAAAUGCUCGAUAGGGGACUCGAGCGAAAGUGCUUGCAUUAUUCAUGUGCAUAAACAUGUAAUUUCUGCAUUGAGUCCAGUACUUCGAGUUCUCUAUGAAAAUGAUGCAUUUUCAGACACUUCUUCCUCGAAAGACACUCCCUUCGAUAUUUAUGGAUUUGUUAGAGACUCGAAAGACAGCGAAGAGCAACAAGAAUUGAAAAGAAAGGCUUUAUUGAUAGUAUUGAAGUCAUGCUAUUCAAACGUUGAGGACUUGACCUCUUCUCACAUGAAUGUUGAUUUGUUAUUUCAGAUAAUCCUCAUUUCUCUUCAAUUUCAAAUGGAAUGGCUCACUCUAUUUUGUUGUCAGAUUUUGCUCCAACAUGUCACUCCUAGCAAUUACAAAUCCAUUCUUAUUUUUGCUUCACAAUUUGAUGAUGUUGAAUCAUGUCAAUACUUAAUUGAAUAUUUGAUCACGUAUGGACUCAAAUAUAUUGCUCCCUCUGAAUUGGCAUGUCAUUGCAAAGACCUCCCUCUUCUCUUGAGCUCUCGGCUUACUUCUCUCCAAGAGUCAAUAUUCGGAAAGGGAAUGGUGAAUUGGAACCUCAAUACUGACAGCCCUCCUCCUCCAUUACCCAAAGAACAGGAUCUUUAUCUUCGAGCAGUUCUAUUCCAAGUUGCUUCUGAAAAAAGCUCUUUCCGAAGAUGA